CUUCCGGUGACCGCCUGUGACCAGCACAGCAAAAGAGCAGCGCAACUGCAAGCUUGUCCCCAAUGCCCAUGUCGCUCCCUCGCUCAGACUACGACCCCCGCAGGGUGUGUCUAAACCCAUUUCCAGACCUCAACCUAAACUUGGGAAAGCACCGCCGGACUAUUGGCAUCUACCUCGCAGGCGCUUUGUUCGCCCUUGCAAACUGGACUUUCCUCGACGCUGCCAUCUUAUCUGCGCAUGCCCACCCGCCUUAUGAUGAACCCCAAAUCCCGCCUCCCGUGCAUGUCCUGUUCGUUGAUUGGGUGCCGGGUAUCUGCUCGCUCCUUGGCAUGCUCAUCAUCAACAUGAUCGACAAGGAUAGGAUUAGAGGGGACGAUUAUGGAGAUUCUAACGCUGUGUGGAGGGCACGUCUUUUCCUUUUCAUCGGAUUUGCGUUCAUGGCUGGUGGACUGGCGGGGAGCGUGUCUCUCCUCGUGCUGAAAUACAUCAUGAUGGACUACCCCGAGCAGUAUAUUUACUACGGCUAUGCGAAUGUGUCGCAGAACGUGGCGUUGAUGCUGUCGGCGGUUGUGCUUUGGAUUGCGCAGAGUGCGCAGACGGAAUAUGACUAUAGCCUUACGCUUUAGUGACGGAUGCGGUUUCGUUGAUGUCAUUGGAUUUCUUCAGCGUAGUUGUGAAUAUGUAUCUUUCUUUUGCGACUUUCUCGCGGGGGUGCACGUAGGCGGCAACUUAAGAAUCGACAUUUCGCUGGACGGUCGACAGAGCUACAACUUGACUAUCUAAUUAUGUUCGAGGUAUACCUUCGAAG